AUGGGCAGCACUAAAGAGACAGCCAGCCUGCAGUUGUUACAUCAAGAACCUGGGCUCCACUUGCCACAGGUAGCUCAGUCUGCCUCUCUGUGUGAUCAGGUUAGGAGCUGCCAAACGACAGACCUGGCCAUGAGGAACUGCUGUGUGAGUGAGCUGGGCCUCCCUAGUGAAGCAGCCAGCUCUGAGCCCCAAGCUCAUCCCAAGAAGGAGGCCUCGGAGGUGAGUCUGGGACCUAGCCACCCCUGUGGGCCUGCAGAAUUGGCAUCUGGAUCAGAGAAACAAUUACCACUGAGUCCAAAAGAACUGGAUCCUAGUGGGAGCUCCCUGAUUUGCUCCUCUGAUUCCAAGUGCUCCAGCCCCUCUUCAACUUGGGCCACCAGGGGAAAGGAGGAGUCAGAGAAAGAGGCCACUUUGGGGCUACCAGAAGAACCACCCCAAAUAGAGGCUAUAAUAGCAACCUCAGGCCUGCUGCAAGCUUCAACCUCAGGGAAGCCAGAUCCUGUGUCCUGUGAGAAAAAGGAUCCUACACCCUCGGGGAAAAUAAAUUCUGUCACUUUGGAGAGCAUGGAUCCCAUGUCCUCAGAAAAAAAUUAUUCCACCUCCAUGGGGAUGAAGGAUUCCUUGUCCUCAGGAAGAUCAGACCCUGCAUCACUGAAGAAGGAUGGUCCUGUGUCACUGGAGAAGGUAGAUCCUGUAUCCUCAGGGAAAACAGAUCUCUUGCCCCAGGGGAAAGCAAAUCCUGUGUCCAUGGGAAGGCUGGAUCCCAUUUCCCUAGGGAAAGCAGAUCCUUCAUUCUCACAGAAGGCAAACUCUAUACCUUCUGAGAAGACAGAUCCUAUGUUCUUAGGGAAAGUGGAUUCUCUGUGCUUGGGGAAGGAAGUUGUCAUUGCCUCAGGAAAGACAGAGUCUUUGCCUUCAGGAAAAGUAGAUUCUGUGGCCUCAGGGAAGGCAAAUUCCAUGUCCCAGGGGAAAGUGGCCCCUGGGCGCUUGGGGAAGGAAGAUGUCAUUGCCUCAGGAAAGGCAGAUCCCAUGUCUGCAGGGAAAGUACAUCCUGCAUCCUUAGGGAAGGCAGAUUCCACGUCUCUGGGGAAAGUGGAUCCCGCGCCUUUAGGGAAGGCAGAUCCCAUGUCCUCUGUGGAGGUAGAUCUCACAUCGUUAGGAAAAGUCAAUCUAGCAUCCUUGGGAAAGGCAACUUCCAUUUCUCCAGAGAAAGUGGAUUCUGUGCCCUUGAGAAAUAUGGAUCCUAUUUCCUCAGGGAAGGCAGAUCCUAUUUUCUCAGAGAAAGCAAAAGCCAUUCCCUCGGGAAAGAUAGAGCUUAUGCUGUCAGGAAAGACAGAUCCCAUCCCUUUGGGGAAGAUAGAUCCCAUGUCCCUAAGGAAGGAAGAUCCCAUGUCUUUAGGGAAUUCAGAUUCUGUCCCCUUGGGGAAGGUGGAUCAUGUUUCCUUGGACAAGGUGGAGCCUAUGUCUUUGGGGAAGACAGAUUCUGUCUCCUUAGGGAAGGUGGAUCAUGUUCCCUCAGACAAGGUAGAUCCUAUGUCCUUGGGGAAGGUAGAUCCAGUGUCCCCAGGGAAAACAGAUUCUAGAUGCUUGGAAAAGGUUGAUCCUGUACCCUUGGAGAAGGCAGAACUCACGUCCUCGAGGAAGGGAGACUCUGUGUCUUCAGAGAAAUUGGAUCCCCUGCCCUUGAAUAAGGUGGAUCCCAAGCCUUUGGGGAAGGUAAAUCCUAUGUCCAUGGAGGAACUGGAUGCUAUGUCUUUGGGAAAAGCAGACCCAGUGUCCUCUAAGAAGUCUCCAGCCUCAAAAGAACUUCUCCCAGAAAACUCGAGUCAGGGCUCAGCCUGCCCUAAACCAGAGACAAUGCCUUUCUCUGACUCCCAGAGAUUGAACAAAGAAAUGGCUAUUUGUGGAGUACCCCAAGAUACCCAGCCUGACUUCAGCCACAAGGCAGCAGCAGCUCUCCUCGCCACUGGACCUGGAACCUCCUCAGUGAAGGUUCCUGGGACCCAAGCAACCACAGAGGAAUCUCAAAAAACAACAUCUGCAUCCCCAAGCCAAGGAUGGUCAUCAGGGCACUCUUCACAAUCAGCCCUACAGAAGAUGAACCCAGCUGACCCUGCCAAGGCUGAAGCAGAGGAAAUGCCACUGACCCCAGAGAGGAUCCAGGAGCUUCCUGGAGCCCCACAGAAAGGAGUGGGCCCAAUUGCAGUCAGGGAAGUCAGGACUAGGGAUAAUUUCACCAAGGUACCAUCCUGGGAUGUGAGCACUCCACAACAGGAUGCUGGCACCCAGGCAGAUACACGUGCUGUCUGCGUGUCUGUGGCAGUGAGCCCCAUGACUCCCCAGGAUGGCUCAGGCCCCACAACCUUCAGCUUCCAACCCAGUGCUCAGAAUGCUACAGCUUCCCGGAGUCCUGGCCUACUGCUAUCCAAGAAGGACGUGGAGAUGCAGGUGUCUAUGAGUGUGGAGACCCGGUCAGUAGCCACUGGCCCCAUGACCCCAGUGACCACAUCACCCCAGUCCUCAUAUCCAGAAGUACAGGUGCGAGCAGCUGAGGAAGGUCCUGAGCCUGUACGGGAGGUCAGCUGGGAUGAGAAGGGCAUGACAUGGGAGGUGUACGGGGCCUCCAUGGAGGUAGAGGUGCUAGGCAUGGCCAUCCAGAAGCAUCUGGAAAAGCAGAUCGAGGAGCAUGGGCGGCAAGGGGGACCGUCUGGGCCACAGCUACCUAGCACUCGGGCUGGCUCUCUCAGAGGUGGCCCCCGGCCUGGGGAAGCCACGCCCCCCCAGCUUGUUCAGGGCCCUGUUGCAGAGUAUACGGAGGCCCCGGUGCUGCUCCCGGGCCGGCCCCGCAGCUGA